AUGUUUUUUUUCUUUGUUCCUGUUUCCUUUUUACACGGCAUUGGUUUGAGGCAGCGGCGGGACGAAGUUACACGCACACAUACACACCAAAGAUUAAAAGAAACAACAACACAUCGUAAGAUUAUUCUCCAAGCAGGUGCUUUGCAAAUGGCGACGGUAAAGGUAAAGUGGGGCAAGGAGCUUCUUGAGAUUACGGUCAGCCUUCAGAGCACGGUGGGGGCAUUCAAGGAAAAGCUGCUGCAGCUGACACAGGUUCCUGUGGAACGGCAAAAAAUUAUGGGCCUCAAAGCCAAUGCAUCCAAGGACGACGCUACGCUCUCCCAAGUUGGUGUCACUGACGGCAAAACGCUGAUGCUUCUUGGAGCGGCAGCGGAACCACCACAAACCAAAGAACCACCGCCGUCGCCAGCCGCCGCAUCCAACACGACAGCGGUCCAAGCUCCCGCUGCAGCCACGAGGAUGCCUACAGGACUGAGAAACAUUGCAAAUACAUGUUACAUGAAUGCGGCAGUUCAAAUGCUUCAUCUUGUGCCUGAGUUGAUUGAGUUGCUCCAGUCACGUAAAAAUGACACGUUGCUUCAUUCAAUGGGCGAGCUGUACAAGACGAUGGAAGCCAAUAAAGA